AGUUAAUGUUUACAACAGGGCAAGAGUGACCGUAGUAGUACCCACUUUGAUGGUAAAUUUUGCCAAAACAACACUUUUUCCACGUGUUAAAUCAUCCCUUAAGAGUGUAUCGUCACCACUCAGUGAUUAAUCGAACCUAAUCAACGCAAAAUCUGGGUUAGGGCCCGCGGUUUUUACGUUAUAAUCCGUGUGUGAUGGUAGUAUUUUGGAAUUUUGGUACCGUUUUAAGAUGACAGAUAUGUGAGAUGGGAUCAGGUGCUUCUUAAGUCAUAAAGUGGUAAUAAAAUGAGCGGUUUCAGAAAAUUUAUCUGUGCUACCUUAUGAUUGUAUCGGGCUGAUACUUUAUUGAGGCAUUUAUAGUGAGAAUGAUAGAAAAACAGAUGACGUAUCUCCCUUUCAUCCCCGAAGUACCUACAAACUAAUUAAAAAAUGACUCUAUUAUCCGGCUGAACCUAAGAAGAAUGUCCCAGCAAGGAGACUCUGCAACCCCCAAAAGUUGGGAGGGACUGAGCCCCUUGAAAAGAGGCAACUCCACCGGCUCCCUCGAGGAACAGUGGACUGGAGUUGACCAUUUAAGUGGACCGUUAAAUCCGCUUUGCAUCACUGAUGCUAACCAUGAGAUUUUAAGACCUAAACCAAGAAGACUAUCCACGACUAACUCCAGACCAGAUCACACCCCAACUUUUCAGCAAAACGUCGAAAGCAACAAUGAAAUCAACAGAAACUCUUUGAAAAAAGACACUUCCAGAGGAAUUACCAGUACCAACGUCAGUAAUACUGAUAAACCAACAUUUGCUUCGCAAAGUAGUGAAGGUCAUGAAGUUGCCUCAGAGAGAAUGGUUUCUCCCAAACGAAAAGUCGAACCAUUUCAACACUUAUACGUGGCCAACAACGUCAAGACGUCCACUUUCAGUGAACAAAUUGAAAAGAACAACAUCUCCAGUACAAAGAACAAUUUAAACAACAGCGCAGACUAUAACUGUUCACAUUCUUCCAUCAACAUGGUUCCCGAGAGAGAUACGGGUCCGAAUAAAGGACCAGUAAAUACAUUUGGAAAUCAGCUCAGAAUGGCUCAGAACCAGCUGGUGUCGAAAUAUGGUGGGGAUCUCACCUCGGGAGACGAACAUAGGGUGGUCACAAACAGAAAACAUUAUCAUGUUAGUGUGCAGGAACUUAGGAUGCAGCAAUGCAACAAUAGUUCUUCAGAUGAGAACAGAUCGUCCGGACAUGCCAGUAUGUCUGAUACUGGAAACAGUUCGCCACGAGAAGCUGCCAGUAAUGGAAGCGAGAGAUUGAACGCUGGAGUGGUGAUGCAAAAACCCAUAAGGAAUAAAAUUGCGGCUCAGCAUAAUCGGUCUAGGCAUAGAGCUACACCAGCCAGGCUCCACGUUCCUUGGUCCGGUUCAGGCGGUUUAGAAGACAUAAAACUGGCCCUGCAACAGCUGACGUUGAGAUCGCACACUUCUACCAGUACUUAUUCAAGCGUAAGUGCUGGAUCAGAAAGUUCAGAGCCGGCGAUCAGAAGAUUGAUGAGACAUUCGUCUUUAGAAACUAUUAACACCAAUAUUACCAGCGCUGAUGAGUUUGUUUGGGUCGACUCUCAUAACAGACUCGUAGAGCUUCAACAUCUCCCAUGGACUAACCAUUGUAUCCUAAGAGUCUUACAACAAGGAAGAUGUAAGGAGCAUAUGACUAGAGUGAGCGUCGAAACAAUACCAAGACUGUCUUACCUUUUGCAGAGAGCAUUGGUGAGAAUGGGAAGAGAGACUCAAAGGCUGUCAUCUACUCUAGGGAUCUGUACUAAGCAUGAUAUCACUGUUUCUUUUCGGAUAGUCUUGUGUCCACCCUUGGCUGAUUCUUGUAUUAAGGCAUGCCUUAGGGCAGCAGCAAUGUUGGCAGUAUCAGGAGAUUGUACUUUAAAGCAGAGCAAGUCUUCCAGAGCCGGUCUGCAGAUGCAAGUUGGCAGAUUCCAUCGGUGGAUGAGUGACGUGAAUUUAUCCAGAUUUAUUCAUGAGUAUGCAGCAGUGUAUCUGUGUGCAGGAAUUGAAAACUUACUGGAAGAAAUAUUACUACAAUGUCUUCCAAGUGAUUCGGAUGUUAAUUUGACUGCUACGCUCCUAGAGCAUGCCAUAGCUAACAAUGGAGAUCUAUGGGGGCUUUUGCAGCCUUAUGCUCAUUUAAAUGCCGGAAGGAUUGCCUCUGGUGCUUUAGCUUUACCGCGUUGGGCCUCAGUCUCUUCUGUAGGCAGCUCAGGACGAGGUUCCGGCCGAUCCUCCAGUCUCCCUGAACCCUCACUAAUGACCACCUGUGUGGGUUCCCUUCAAGAGCUACAGGACUUAAUUGGCAGGAUGAAGCCCAGAAUACCUUUGUGCCCUAAAGCCAUUAGAACGCUCUUUUACUUUAUGAGGUGUUCGCAGUUGGAGCAUGGAGACCAGAGCAACGGACAUGCUGUCCAGGAGUUGUGCUACGAGCGAGCCUACGUAGUUCUUCCGCCGCUCGUAGAAUGGCUACGAGUGGCUACUGCGCAUGGGGAGCACCGGUUUGCGGCCAUAUUGGAUAAAGAUGAUAUUAUGCAAGCGGCCAGGUUACUGUUGCCAGGAGUGGAUUGUCCUGUACGGGCUCUAGGUGAGGAGGCGGUGAGGGUGAGGAAGAAUACUGGCAGUGAGGAGGAUCAUAUUGAAGCUACGAAGCAAAUUCAGGUCGAAUUGGCCUUUCGGCUAAUGCUCACCGGACGUCCCGAAUUAAUCCAGCAGGCCCAUCAUUUACUACCACCCGCAACCCGUUUGGACACAUUAAACCCUCAGGGACAUACUGCUCUAAUGUUAGCAGUUAUUCAUAACGACGAUGCAACAUUAACGACCCUUCUGGACGCAGGCGCAUCACUAGACAUUGAAACGCCGCCACCCUCCCCACCCAAUUUCCAGGCGGUCAACGGUGAGAAUCAGCACUGGACCGCCCUGACGUAUGCGGCUGCAAAAGGUCACGUAAGGUGUGCCAGGAUAUUAUUGGAGAGGGGGGCGAAUGUGGAGGGCGGAGCCCUGGCUAGUGAAGAAAAGAUCACUUUGACACCGUUGCAGGUAGCAUGUGCUAGUGGCAACGUAGACAUCGUAUCACUCCUCUGCGCACACGGCGCCCAACCCUUCUUCUCUACUCAAAUCAAAGACUCGCUCAGCUACUCAGCUUCGACUCAGCGCGGUUGCUACAGCGCCAUUUCCGUAGCUGCUGCGCAUGGGCAUCGAGUGGUGCUACAAAAGCUACUUGCGCAGCCAUUGGCGCCUGUUAAUAAAGAGGUUUUGAGUCUAGAAGAGAUGCUUGCAGAAGGGGCUCCGAAAUCUACGACCUCUUCAACGGCUACACCUCAAUUUACCAAAGCACAAAUUAAAGCGUUGCAAGAGGCGAUGUACCAUAGUGCGGAGAAUAAUCAUUUGGAUAUUACGGUGGAGAUUAGAACUCUUGGGAUUCCGUGGACGUUGCACUGCUGGAUGCACUCGUUAGGUGCUGCGCAUGAAGCGAGACUGGACUGCGUAAUAGAUCAGCUGUUACAAGACUUUUUGCAAGUUUGUCCCGAUGAUUACGGAACGCAGUUUGUGCAAGAAUGUUUGCCGUUAUUGUUUAAUAUUUUUCGAUAUAGUAAGAAAGAAGGAACCACCCUUCUUCUUGCCGACAUUUUUUCCACCUGCUUCGGCUGGGAACCGAUCAAACCGAUCAAGGAAUGCGUUCCUACCACCUCUACCGGAUCCAGAAUAGAUACCAAAUAUGUCAACAAUCCAGAGUUAAGUGACGUCACGUUUCGAGUGGAGGGGAGGCUGUUCUACGCUCACAAAAUCGUGCUGGUCACUGCGAGCCCUCGAUUGAGGGCAAUGCUUAGUAGCAAAUUAUGUGAGGGCGGAUUGCCUACUGUCCAGAUUAACGAUAUCAGAUAUCAUAUAUUUCAGAUCGUAAUGCAGUUUCUCUACCAAGGCGGCUGUCAAACUCUGGAACCAGCUUCCGAAGACAUCCUUGAGCUCAUGGCAGCAGCGAACUUUUUCCAACUAGACGGUCUGCUCAGAUAUUGUGAGUGUAGAUGUGCUGCCAUGGUGGCCCUGGACAACGUCGUGUCAAUGUAUAUACACGCCAAAGUCUACAACGCCAUGCAACUCCUGGAGUACUGCCAGGGAUUUUUGUUACAGAAUAUGGUCGCACUAUUAACGUAUGACGAUAGCGUCAAGAGGUUAUUGUUUGCGAAAAAGUUACCGAAUCACGACGUCUUGGCUGGCCUAUUACUCACGCUUCAGAACCGGAUCAAAGCGAAGAAAAAUCAGGGAAUUUGUAAGAUUUUACAGGGCGGGGCUAUGGCAAAAACGUAAAAUGAAAAUGACUGUUUGGCAAAAUGUAUACAAUAUUUUUCAUUACAGGCGAACUGCAAAUUUGCACCAUUUACUCCUACAGAAUGAUUAAACUAAGGUUUUUCUAGAUGGAAAUCACUUCGACUUAGACAAUUCUUUUGAUGCUAAACUUUCUAAAGUUCACUCGUAGCAGUUUAGAGUAAUGUAUCAAAGCCAUCUGUCAAUGUGUUUUCAAGUUCUUCAACAUAUUUCCCAAUAAUCUUUUAAUAUGAUGUUAUGUAUUUUAAUAGUAAAGCUCUGACUAAACGAGAAAUCUAUAGUGAUUAUUUUCUUCAGGGCAUAGGACAGUAGGGCGUAAUAUGUACAUCUGUCAAAGAUGACAUUUUUAACACUUGAUUGAUUUAAGUUGGCUCCCAACAGUAAAAGCACCUAUCAAUGCCAUAUAUUCAUAGUAGAUCACUUUUCAAUAGUCUGGGCUGGGAAUCUAAAAUCACGACUCGAUCUCGAUACGAUGACGACUUCGAAUUCGACCGCGACUCAGUCGUGACGAAAAGGGUGAUUUUAAAUUUCAAUCGUCGGCUAAACUCGUUUUAUUCGAUUUUAUUUAGGUUUCUUGGUAUAUAUUUGUUAUUUUUGAUUUUUGACUUAACGACUUUCAGUAGUUUCGCUAAUACCAAAUUUAAAAUAUUGUCCAAUGCUUCUCUGAUAACAAUCUGUGGCAUAAAAUCUUGACAUACUAAAACUGCCCAUUCAAUGGUAACUCUACUUCCUCUACCUCUAUUAUUAACAGAAGGUUGUGGAAAAUAGGAUCGAAUUAAAUAUAUUAGUUGUUGUGUUUAAGAAAGCUUCGUGAUAUAUAAAUGAAAACCUGGUAUGACUAUUCAAUCAAUAAAACAAAUACGUUUAAAAAAGCAUGCUAACACAUUAUGCACGUAAUAAAUAAGGAAGAAGCUAUAUCUUUUGGUGCAUACGAUAUACCCAAGACAAAUCGUAUAAAUAAAUAAAAACUAGACAAUCCGGAAAACACUCACUAUUAAAAAUUUUAUUUAGAAUCAGUCAUAUCGAGUAAUCGUGUCGAAUCGUGAUUUUAAAAUCCCAGUACUAGUAUAGAGUGUUGACACUGUUGACAGCUGAUUACAUUUUUUUCACGUGGACUUUUUACAGUUAAUGCACCUGUGAAAGUAAUCUCUCGUUUUUUACAGCCUAAAGGACUUUUCUUAUCUAUAAAUGCGUAACAAUACUCUUCAAGGCUUUGAGAGAUUCUGACUGCUCUUUUAACUGUUCCUAUUUUAACUAAAUACCUAAAUUUAUCAAUUACCAACUGUGAUGACUUAAAUUUAAGACUUGUAUUAUUGAUUGAAUUUUCUGUAUAAUUAUGAUUCCUUUCUGUCAAUAUCUAAACAAAUUGAUAUGAAAACUGACAUAAUUGACAACUGAUCAGCUUUUUGUACGUUGACUCGGCACAGUAAGAGCACAUGUCAUCUGUCAGUUCAACUUUCAUUAUUCUUGAUGAGUUGAAGAUCAGCACAACGGCUGUCAAAUAUGACUGACAAGAUUGACAUUGUCGCCGUUUACAUCGCAUUUAUUUACACAAUUGACUUUUCUAAGUAACCUUGUGUAAUGUGUCCUAUUUAUUUAACGCUUGAACCUAUGACAUCCCAAAGACAACUAAGGUAGAAUAAGUUGAUUUCUCUGUUAAAAUUUGUUACUUCCCUAAGCCAAAUAUAUCAGGAUUGACCUCUUAUUGUUAAAUGACGUCAUAUAACUAUGUGUUCAAGCAUUUUCACAGGGAGUUUCUUAUAAUUUAACUCAAGUAUUUACAUUAAUACUUGAUAAUAAUUAGUUCAAAGAUGACAGUCUGAACAGCUCUUAUAAGUAGGCGAUCUGUCUGAUUUUUGACUUUAGAAUCUAUGACGUCCGAAAGAGGACCGAGAUAGGAUGGUUUUGCUUCAGUUUCUUUGAAAAUCGACUUUUAAAAAUUGUAACACAUAUUAUUAAUAAAUAACCGCCAUGUGUGCCGCCAUGAAUUUAAUUAAAUUUGAAAAAUCAUUUAAUUUUCUCUUGAAAUAUGCAUAAACGAAAGAUAUUUUUAGAUGGAAGUUGAAUUUCCCAGUGAAUGAUCACUUUAUGUAUCUGUCAAAAUCCACUCCAGUUCUAUAUGUCAAAAAUGACAAUAGUGGCAUUGUUGACAGAUGAUCAGAUUUUUGUAACUUGACAUUUCACAGUAGACGCCUUUGUCACAGUAAUGUGUCAUUAUACUUGAAUUGAUUCUUUACACACUUUGUCAUAUUUGUGACGUCAAAAAGAGGAUGACUUUGAGUAUUGGGUUUUAUUAAAGAAAAAACGAAUUUUAAAAUGAAAUUAUAGUUUUUUUUUAAGAAGCAUAGAAAGUCAAGUUUUCACUGCGCCUGUGAUGAAAAAUACAUUUUUCAAUUACUACUGCUCAUAUAGCUUUAAAACAUAUCAUUAGGAUCUUAAUAGGAAAAUCUAUUUUAUAUACAAGGUAAUUUUCUAUUAUCGGAAUUUGAUUUUAAUUGCUGAUGUAUUCGGGCCCAAAUAUAUUGGUUUCAUUACUGUUAUUUAUGUUAUCUAUAGGAUUUAUUUAUUUUAAAUGGACUUGUAUUUAUAACAGAGCUAAAUGUAUUAUGUAGUAAAUGUAGUGAUGUUUUUAGCUUGAAUAAAAU